AUGACGGAAGCCGUUUACUCUGAUCGGAGUGGCUUGCGUCUCCCUCCUGUUUCUGCAAACUUUGAUCAUCAUUCUCCGUUGCGGCCCAAGGUGCCGGCGGAAUCACAUAUUGUUCAAAACCCUAACCCUAGUUCUGGGGCUGUGGCGGCUGCGACUGAACAGGGUCUCCCUGGUGCGCCGGCGGGUUCUUCUGGUGCAUCAGCGAAAGCUCUGGUAACGGGGGUGGAGGCGUCUGGGGUUGCUCCAGCAGCCAAAACCUCUUAUGCUGCGAAAGUUCAAUCGAAAACUUUGAAGAAACCCGAUGUUGCUGCUUACGGGCUCCGCAUUCUUCAUCCCAAGAGAGAGGGAGAUAUUGUUACUCUAUCGGUGCCAAAAUCUGAAUACCAAAAAAAACUUGAUGAGUUUCAGUUCGCUCUGAUCGGAAGGCUUAUCCAACGUAAAGGCGACAGGCCGCGUGCGUUUUCGGAUCUCACCCAAGAGCUUCAGACUAUUUGGCAAUGCUUUGACUGCCAAUUUGUGCCCAUGGCUAAGGGCUUCUUUGUCGUCAAAUUUCCUACGUUAGAAGAGAAAAAGAAAGUGAAGGCGAAUUCCUCUAUACAAUUGUCGGCUGGUCACGAAGUGUCGUCUCUAGCCCAAAUUUGGGUCCGGGUGUACUAUCUUCCUGUUGAAUUAUGGACUCCGGUGAUCAUUGCGGGUAUUGGUCGUGCACUUGGACAUCCAUUACGUAUUGAUAAUGCUUCGGCUAUUGGCCAUGUUGGGCACUUUGCGAGGAUCCUGGUUGAGAUUGACAUGGCUUUACCUAUUCUUAAUUCUAUGUACGUCGAUGACGGUGAUAAUUCGUUCUAUAUUGAGUUUAGCUUUGAAUCUAUGCCUCUGUUUUGUUCGCGAUGUAAACUUACAGGCCACUCAACGGACAAAUGCCGGAAACUCGUGAAAGAUAAGGAUAAGCAGAAGAUCGUGGAGGGUUCUAAAGAGCAGGACAUGCAAAAUGCUGUGACUACCGUUACUAAGGGGGAUUUUUUGAAGCCUGCUUGGCAGCCUAAAGAUUAUUCUCAUGAAACCAUUUUGGAGAAAACGUCUGGGCCUAUCACGGUGCCGGUGAAAGAGAGUGAUCUGCCUCUCAUUGGUAAUCAUUUUCAGCUACUUGAAAAGGAUGAAGAGGUGGACGAAACUAUUAUUGCGGAUUCAGAUUUUAUCGUUAGGAAAAAGGAUGAGGGAGUGGCUAGUGAGGAUACCAUUAUUCAAAACACUUUGUCUUCGGCUUCUAAGAGAUGUACAGCCGUGGAUGGAGCGACGGCAGGAAGUGAUAAGGAGGUUGAUAGCAAGUUGAAGCAGAAUUCUAAAACUCCUUUUCAUGGGGAAGCCUCGGUGGCCAUGGUUUCGGACAACAAGGUUUCUUCUAUCUCUGCGGAGGGCAGGCAGAUUAGGAGCAGCGAAAAGAAGAGCAGUGUUAAGCCUGCCACUUCUUCGGAGGGAAAGAAUGCUGCAACCAUGCAGCAAGAUAUCUCUAACAGUACAAUGGUGAACCAGGGAGAUUCGGAGGAUACGGAGUUUGAGGCUGAAGGGCCCUUGAAUUUGAAAGCUCGUCUUAGUAGAUUAGAGGAGCAGGUACAUGUUAAGGAAGAAGAAGACGAAUCAAGCUCGAAGGAUCUGUAG